GGGCGGGCGGCGCGCGCGCAUCCAGUCGAUCGCCGCGUUUCUACCUCCAAACUGUUUGCGAGAAGCUCUCUCGCAAGAUACUUAUCAUAAGAAAAUUAUUGUUUGUAAAUUAUUUGUUAUUAAUUACGUAGUUUAAUCAAAUUGAUGGUCGUGAAGUUAACUUAAAGUUUUAUAGUUUUCGCAAUUUUGAUGACGCAUCUUGAAACAUUUGUUCGAAAUGCUUUUAGUCUACCGUGAGAUAAUUAUGAUUUAUUUUAUAAUUCCUAUUUUUGUAGUGGGUAGCUUUGAUUUAGUGUCAUGACUGAAUUACAAACCAACUUGUAACAAGAUUUCUUUUAAACUCUAGAACUUUGUAUUGUCCACUGUUUUUAUAACAAUCAGUUGUGUCGAUGAUGUAAUUAUAGUGUUUUUUAUUUAUUCACCAUCAAGGUCUACUGAUGACAACCUGAACUCUCGACCUAAUACAAGAAUGAAAGGUGUAUAUUAUCUCCUAUCAGAAGCUAAUUACAUCGGCGAUUGUUUGGAAGUUCGCUACAUUGUGCACGUCCGCAGAUACUUUGGUGAAAGUGAUGUUAUUUGUUGAUAUACUUUAAAUAGUGGCGAUGUGAUGUGAAAAUUUAUAUCAGUAUAUGUAAGUGCAAUAUAUGUGAACGGAUGAUGACUGAGAAAAGACAACGACCUCGACCGCGACGUCGGGAUGAGUUGCACGAGAGGCAACAGGAUUUACUUCUUGCUUGGAGUCAUGAGGUGUGCAAUAGCGAGGAGGUGCCCGAGGUAGAGAUAGUCAGUCUCCUACAAGAACAUAUACCAAAAUAUCGCUUGCGAGCGGACAGUCUCACACAAUUUGGAGGAUACGAGAAUCAAGAUUGGUUCAUACCAUCGCCGGCGCUACCGGUGAGCGACAAGGAUCUAGCGCUCACGCCUGACCAGAUCAGGGAGACUCUCAAUUAUUUCCUUCUAUGCAGCAACAGGGUGAGCCAAAUGACAAAAACCUACAAUGACAUCGAAGCGGUAACACGGCUCUUAGAAGAAAAAGAAAAAGAUUUAGAGCUAACGGCUCGCAUCGGAAAGGAAUUGUUGACUGCUAAUGGUCGUUUGGAAGCACGAGUCACCGCGCUCGAGGGCGAGUUGCGAAGCGCGCGGGAUCACAUUACUCAGCUGAGGCACGACCUCAACGCAAAAACAGACUUACUACAGGUUUUGACCAAUGACACAGAGGAGUGCUCAUCUCCCGAGGAGCAGGAGGCUGCUAACGCGGCGUUGCUGCGGAAGCGGACCGGCGCACUCGAGCGGGAAAAUCGAGCGCUGCGCGAGGAGGCCGCGCGCCUCGCCGCCGGCGCUGACACCGCAGAGCUGGCUGAACGACAGCUGCUUAGGGACAUCGCCAACCAGCUCGCCAGUGCGAAUUCGGAGGCGAGCGCAUUGGGAUCGGAGUUGGUGGAAGAGCGACAACGUUCGGCGGACCUUCAACAUCAACUUGAUAAUAUCAACGCAAGGCUCAUCGUCAGCGAGAGAAAUUAUCAACAGUUAAAUGCAGAGCACGAGCAUACGUUACGGAUAUUAGAAAUAACAAAAGAAAAUCAAAAUGCUCUCGCAGCCGAGCUCGCUGACACAAAGGAGCGUUACAUGGAGGUGGCGGCGCACCUGUCGGAGGCGCAGGAGCAGCUGCGCGCGCUGCGGCGGCGCGGCGAGGCGGUGCGCGGCCUCAUGCCCAGCGUGGCCGCCGCCGCCGGCCUCGUGCCGCCCAGUCUGCAUCGCGAGAUGCACUCCUCCAUCUACUCCGAGCUCAGCCUCGACUCCGGCAUCGGCGAUCCUCUCGCACAAUCAAGCAUGCACAAAGUGUUUGAAACCGUGCAGUGUGCAUCGCGAUGGUCGACUCAGUCCGGUCCGUCGCUGCCCGGUUCCGACGUCGCGGAUGGUCCAUCGUCUGGAACGGCCUUCAUGCGGCCACCAGUCAAACCUUCUAGCGACUCCUUCCUCGAUGACACUUCGGAUACCGACUCGGACGACUUGUACCCCGGAGGUCCAGGCGUAGGAGUGCCUGGCGCUCCGGGCGCGGCGGAGCUGGCGGCGGCCCUGCGCCGCCUGACGCCGCAGGAGAUCAACUCGCGCCGCGCCUCGCUCACUGCCAGCCACGUCCUAAGACAGCGCCGGUACACCGAGCGCGACUCGAGCGAAGAAAGCGCUGUAUGGGGUGCCGGUGCGGGUGGCAUGGCGCGGUUUCGACCGCCACACAAGUUGCAAAUUGUCAAACCUAUGGAGGGCUCACUCACCUUACAUACUUGGGCUCAGCUGGCCAAACCCUCCAUGUCAGGCUUGCUAGAAGAACAAGAGGGCGUAGGUAUCCGCGGCUCUAGAUCGUCAGGGCUCGGGACGCGGCUUUACAGACUGUCAGACGUCGAGGAAGACGACGACAUGCCACGUCUACCACAUUCUAGUCACAUUUAUACAUUCGUUAACAGUACGGUGCUGCACCCGAACGACGGCAGCGUGGCGGACAGCACGGCGAGCAGCGUGUGCAGCUCGGGCAUGAGCAGCCUGGCCAGCAGCGUGCUGGGCAGCGCGUGGAGCUCGCGCCGCACGUCGGCCGGCGGCUCGCCCGUGCACUCGCGCCGCGACUCCGUCUGUCUGCCGCCCUCGCGCGCGCACUUCACGCCCACCGCCACGCCCGCCAACAGCCCGCUGCUGGGCUCGCCCGACUCCACGCCGCCCGCCUCGCCGCGCCCCGGCGACGCGCCGCCCUCCUUGCACGCACUCAUCGCCUCGGGCACCUCCAUUCUGCGCCGUCGCCAUCUGGCCUCGCCCGGCGGUGACGGCUCGCCCGCGCCCAUAGCCCUCCAGACGCCCGGCUCGCUCUACACUGGGCUCAUGCAUCGGAGUCCCAUGGAGCAGCUCACGUGCCUCAAACGUACUCUACGCUCACCUGCCGCGCCCUCAUCCGAAAGGCGUCUAGGAGAACCCGUAGAGCCACCGUUGGGAGUUCCAGCCCACCCCGGUUCUGGCGCCUUGGACGCAGCGAGUACUCCAGGCGCACCGGGCUGCUUGAGACGAGCGCCCAGAGCUCGUGCGCCCCGCCCCCGCUCGGACCUGGGCACGGUGGGGUCGAGUGUGCCGGCGCCAGCGCCGACGGCGCCGGCACACUCAUCGCAGUCGUCGGCGCUGGGCACGUUGAGCCUACUCUUCGGUCGGAAAGGAGGUCUUCUCUAGACGAGUCCGUCUUCAUUUAUCCACGAGCGACAGUGCAUCCUCAUAAGUAGGCGAACUCGUUGGUUAGGUUUUCACCGUCCCUUGAUUUUGUUCUCUGAAAUAUAAAAUUAUUUUAGAUUUUUUUUAUGUUUUGACGUGUGUAUUUUGGAAUUAUUUUGUUGAGUCGAGGUAGGCUCGAGUGCAUUUAUAAUAAUGUAGGUGCGUCAUGGUCAUCUCCCAUAACAACAUCUUUAAAAAUGUAGGUGUCUUAUUAUGCACAUAUAUUAUGUAAGCAUUUAGCUUCAUUUAUGCGUAAUUUGGCAAAUUCAUUAGAUUAUGUUCGAUUUUUGGCAUUUUCUACCGGGAGUGGGCGUAGUUUGCAUUUGAUUCUGAGAAUUAAGGAAACGUGAGAUUUGAUUGAACAUCUAAAUUAAACGACUCCUCAUCACACGAAUUAUUAAUUGUUUAUACUUAAAUGUUUUUAUACUUAAUUGAUGCUAUUAAUUUGUAGUUAUAUGAACCAAACAAUCCUGAAACAGAAGUCUGUAGUAUUAUAUUAUAAUUAUUUAAGGGUUGUAACAUUUGUUAGGUUAGGUAAAUAGUGAGACUUAACACUAGGUUUUGUAGGUGCUUUAUAAGAAAUAAUUUACAUAUUCCCAAAUCUCAUCUCAUUGCGUAGUAUUUUCAUGCUUAUGAUUAUUACUAUUUCUCUAGUUAUAAAUUUUGUAUGUGAUUGUAAAUAAUUGAAUUUCCAUUAACUUAGAAGAGUACAAAGUAUUUAUGUUUAUAAAUCCGAUUUAGUGUAAUUCAUAAUGAAUAGCAGAUUGUCAUCAUCAUUUUUUCUAAUUAAAUCCGUUUUAUACCAUUGUAUUGGUAUGUAUUGGCAUUAAAUACAAUCAAAAUCGAUUAGUUAAAUCAGCAAUUUUUUCGUGUGUAAAUUGUUAAUAACAUAGGGUCUGAGUAAAAUAAUGGUGCAUGCCAUAGGAUAAGUAGUACUGAAUUCUUUUUUAAAUUUGUUAAUUCAAUGGAUACUGGUAUAAGUAUUCACUUUCAUUUAUUUCGUAAUGGCCGUCAGUUGAUGCUUUAUUUCACAGUUAAUGUUAGGUUAUUAAAAUUGGUGCUAGAUAUUUGUUUUCAGCCAGUGAAGUAUCGUAUUCAUUGUGUUUGUUCAUUCAUAAUUUGGGCCAGGGUUUCACUGUUAUGUUCAUAAUACAACAAUAUUCAUUACAUGUAAAGACGCAGUAACAUGUGAAAGGGCUGUGAGGUGAUUGAAUGGUUACGAGUGUCUGGUAAAUAUCUGAGAUUACAAUAAUACUACAGUGAGAUAGGCACAAACUGUACGUAGUCUAAGGAGAAUUGUUGAUAUUUUGACGAUAAUGAAAAAAGGAAAAUGAUUGAAUUGUAAAGAGAUAUAAUAUAAUUUAUUGAAUGAAAAUGUGUUUUAUUGCACUCACCUGAGGUCCUACAGUGUGCGCUGUGUUGUU